AUGUCUCGUCACACUCACAACAAUCCCAGCAACAACGGCCGGUCAGCUUUUCCUACCUCUUCCACCGACUUUGGCCUCCCUUUCGGUGGCUCGACGCCCAGUGCUGCACCGAGCAGCAACACCAGUGCCUUCAACAAUGCAGGAGCUGCAAGCCAUAGCUUCUUCCAAUCCACAGCCUCGUCGGCGCCCAUUUCAAUUCCGUCAAGCCCGUCUUUCUCAUUGAGCUGCAACCCAGCAGCGAGCAGUCACCAUGUUCCCCUCCUGUCUUUGUCCAACGGCGUUGCAUCUUCACCUUCAAAGCUUUCGACCUCGGGCACAGGCCUGGGCAUCGGCAAUCUACCAUCGCCUUCGACCAGAGAGCGCGGCAAUCCUCUAGCACAGACGCAGUCCUCGUCCGCCUUCAAUGGUCAGCCGCAUUCGCCUACCCUCUCCCUUGCAGGUGAAGCCUGGCCUCCGCCGCCCUUCGCCGGCUUCGCAUCUGCAUCAUCCUCAUUCUCAUCCGGCAGCGUCGCCACACCCGCUGCACUGCUCAGAAGGGCGCAAGGUAUGAACUCGCCUGGCUUCGCGAUCGGGUCCCCAGCACGUUUCCGUCGAGCAAGUAUGCUCGGAAGGGAGAUCACACCUUUCCACCUCAACAACGAGGAUCGAUCCGAUGAAGACGAGCAGUCUCGAUCCAAGGGCAAAACAGCAGCACAGCAAGCAGAUAGCAAUCGAGAUCCAGAUGAUGGUGAUGACGAGAUGAUGCAAGUCGAAGAUGACGAACCUGCAACUGCUUCUCGUGCUCCGAGCACUCCGAUCAUGGGACCACCGUUAUCAUUGUUCAGCACACCAAGCACCCCUCCGCCUGCAUCAUCUCAUCUGCCUCACACACGACCAAGUCUCCCUUCAUCAGCACUUGCUCGAACAUCAGCAUCUGAUUCAGGCCAAGACAGCUCAUCAUCUGCUGGUGCAGGAGGGCUUUCACGCACAGUGCCUCGAUCUCCCUCAGCUGGCCCCUCGAUAGGCUCUCCGCUAUCCCACGCUGGCAAUCGCUCCCGAUCCUCCUCUUUACUCAAUUCAUCUAACGUCAUUCGUAAAGCAAUCACAAGAAGGCCGAACCUUUUUCCCAAGGAUCGCUCCGUUGCUCGUGUCGCAGCCUCCCUUCAAGACGAGUCCAAGCCAGAAGAUUCCGAGAUCGCAUCCGAGGCCAAAUUGCAGAAACGUCUCGGCGGUGAAGCGACCCUUCCACGCACCCCUCGAUUUGGUCCCAGCGGCGGCGGAGCGACAGCAAGUGGAUUUGAUAGCACAUCGCGUACGUCUAGAACACCUCUGUUUGGCGCUUCUGCGAGCGGAAGCAGCGGGGGUCAUGCAAGGAGAAAGUACAUGUGGGACGAUGACGUGGAUGAUAUCCGUGGCGUGUUCACGGCGGACGGACUGGACGACGUAGAUAGCAGCGGGAUCUCGUCGGAAGAAGAAGAGAAGAUGAUGUACUACUCAAGAACAGACUCGCUGUCUGACGAAGAGGAUGGGAUGCGAAGUCGUCUAGGUCAGAACUCGAACGACAUGCAAAACGCUCCAUCAUCUUGUGCAACGACCGGAGUCAAUGGCGAUGCGAACAUCCACGGCAAUAAUACGGCCGGUGGUGGAUCCGGGAGUGCAGCACUUUCAACCAGCUUCGGAGCAGCCUCAGCCUCGAGUCCUGGUCCGGGCUCGCUCCCCAAGCGAAAGAACAACUCGCUCUGGAUGGGCUUCCGAGACAAAGGCCAUGCACACAAGUGGUCUCCUGGUGGCUCGGGCUCUGCUAGCGCUGCAGGGGCAGGUAGUGGAGUGUUCAGCGGUGAGCGAGUUGCGUGGCGACGAGUUGGAGGAACAUCGGCAGGGAUCGGAAUGGACGUCGACACCUCCCCUCGUGUCCUUGGUGCUGCGGGAGCAGGCGUGCGUCUGUCGAAGCGAAAGACCAUGGGAGACGACCGGUACGAACCAUAUAAACGUCGCGCGGUAUCACCCAUGAAUCUUGGCUCAUCACUGGGCACCACUCCCACGAAUGCAAGCUUAGCUGCAGCUGCAGCCGCCGCUGUUGCAAAUACACCCACCUUCAACGCAGCACACGCCUCAUCAGCAGCCGUGGGCUCCAACUCACCGCUGAUGAUGCCCAUUUCUUCUCCAUCUGGUGGCAUCCUCUACCGUGGUAUCCAUCAUCAUCAUCACUACCAUGCUGCCUAUGCUUCUAGAUACUCGACUAGUCCGACCAUCUCUCGGCCUUGUACACCGGUCAAUUCGACUUCAAACGCUGGUGUCGGUGCGGCCUUCUCUCCUGCAGGGACGGGAAGCGGACCAGGCUACGGUUCGGGGGCGCUGGGCUUGUCGAUUUCAGCGAACAACCCGCAGAGUCUGGAGAGUAGGGUGCAGAUGGAGCAGCAACAGGAGAAUGAGGCGCUCAUGGAUCAACGCGUUGGGAUGCUGGGUUUGUCGUAA